AUGGGGAGUCGCUGCGAUGACAGCUCGGCCUCUUUCGUGAAGAACCCGACGAUUAAGUUCACCAAGCUGUUCAUCAACGGAGAAUUCGUUGAUUCCGUUUCAGGAAAAACGUUCGAGACGAUAGAUCCAAGAACAAGAGAAGUGACAGCGAGAAUUGCAGAAGGAGACAAGGAAGAUGUUGAGUUGGCGGUGAAGGCUGCACGUCAGGCUUUUGACCAUGGUCCAUGGCCUCGCUUGCCCGGCUCUGAGAGAGGAAGGAUAAUGAUGAAAUUCGCUGACUUGCUUGAAGAAAAUGCAGAAGAAUUAGCUGCCCUGGAUACCAUUGACUGUGGGAAGUUGUUCAGUGUUGGUAAAGCGAUGGACAUACCAUAUGCAGCAAACACCCUCCGUUACUAUGCGGGUGCAGCUGAUAAAGUUCAUGGAGAAGUGCUGAAGAUGUCGCGUGAACUUCAUGGAUAUACUUUGCUAGAACCUAUUGGUGUCGUGGGGCACAUUAUCCCUUGGAAUCACCCUAUCUUCUUGUUCUUCAUGAAGGUUAGUCCCACUUUAGCUGCUGGGUGCACUAUGGUCGUCAAGCCUGCUGAACAAACUCCUCUAUCGGCACUCUACUAUGCUCAUCUUGCUAAGCUGGCUGGCAUCCCUGAAGGAGUGCUCAAUGUUAUAACUGGAUUUGGACCGACUGCAGGGGCUGCAAUAAGCUCUCACAUGGACAUUGAUGCGGUCAGUUUCACUGGCUCCACAGAAAUAGGCCGCAAGGUAAUGCAGGCCGCAGCAGAAAGCAAUUUAAAAGUGGUUUCUCUUGAAUUAGGAGGCAAGUCACCCCUUCUUAUUUUUGAUGAUGCUGAUGUAGAUAUGGCCGCCCAGCUAGCUAUCUUUGGCAUCAUGUUCAAUAAGGGUGAAGCAUGUGUUGCCAGUUCUCGUGUUUAUGUUCAAGAAGGAAUAUAUGACGAGUUUGUGAAGAAACUAGUGGAAAAGGCAAAAGCUUGGGUAGUUGGGGAUCCUUUUGAUCCUAAAGCUCAACAAGGACCCCAGGUCGAUUUGAAGCAAUUUGAAAAAAUCCUUUCAUACAUUGAGCAUGGCAAGAGAGAAGGAGCGACCCUUUUAACAGGGGGCAAGCCCGUGGCUGAUCAGAAGGGAUAUUACAUUGAGCCAACAAUUUUUGCUGACGUAAAGGAAGAAAUGCUUAUAGCUAAGGAUGAAAUAUUUGGACCAGUUAUGGCCCUUGCGAAAUUUAAAACAAUCGAGGAGGGGAUUAAGAGGGCGAAUAGCACUAGAUAUGGCCUAGCGGCAGGCAUCGUGACCAAGGACUUGAAUGUGGCUAACACCGUCUCGAGAUCAGUCCGUGCAGGCACCAUCUGGAUUAAUUGCUAUUUUGCUCUCGACAUUGACUGCCCUUUUGGAGGGUAUAAGAUGAGUGGUUUUGGAAAAGAUUUUGGAUUGGAAGCCCUUCACAAAUAUCUUCAAGUUAAAUCUGUUGUAACUCCCCUUUAUAAUACUCCUUGGCUUUGA